AUUCAAGAUUCCAAGCUCACAGCUGCCCAAUUAACAACCGAUUACCGCGGUGACGACUAUACAGCUUCUUUAACUGUUGGUAAUCCAAAUAUUUUCAACAAUUCUGGCGUGUUCGUUGGUCACUACUUACAGUCGGUAACUGAAAACAUCGCGCUCGGUGCCGAACUUGCCUACCAAUACGGUCCUAAUGUACCCGGUGGUCAAAUCGCCGUUGUAUCAGCCGUUGGACGUUAUACACAAGGCGAUUCGGUGUGGUCGGGAACUUUGGGACCUGGUGGCGUACAUGUAUGCUAUUACCAAAAAGCCAGUGAACAAUUGCAGAUUGGUGUCGAAGUGGAAACUAGUCUUAGAAUGCAAGAGUCUGUUGCCACGAUCGGCUACCAAGUGGAUUUACCGAAAGCUGAUCUCGUUUUUAGAGGUUCAUUCGACUCUAAUUGGAAUGUUUGCGGUGUAUUGGAGAAGCGGCUGCAGCCUUUGCCAUUUUCAUUCGCUCUGAGCGGGCGCUUGAAUCAUACUAAAAAUCAGUUUCGACUAGGCUGCGGUCUGAUAAUUGGAUAAUUAGCUUUUGGGUUAAUAGGUGUAAAGGAAGCAAAGUCUACAACGACAGUUACAGUAGCAGUAAUAAAAGCGGAGAAUAAAACAAAAAAUGUUACAGCAGUUUCAGGCAACAAAAACGGUGGAAGAAGUAUCAAAAUAAUAUACAACAGAAAAAGCAACAAAUUUCACAGAUUACAAUUUUUAUUUAUGAUCAUGAUCAACUUUUACAGCACUUCUAAAUUUUUCUGCGUAGUUUUGCUUGCAUUUCUAAGAACAACCUCGAGAGAAAAUUAUUAGUGUAUUUGUUUGUCAACUUCGAACGUAAUUAAAAACUACAGGAGUGAUUAUUAAUUUCAAAUUGCAGUUCUGUUUGGCACAUGAAUUCACUUAUUGAUAUCUAAUCAAAAUAAUUCGCAAAUACACUCAUUAUAACAAGUAGAGGGGGACAAAACUUGAACAGGAAACAAUUUACGUUGAUCACACAUAUGUAUGCAUCAGCAGAGACGUAAAGGACGCAAAGGCGCACAGAACAUCACCAAAUAACGUAAUCGUAGUUACAGUUAAUUAAAUUUGAUUUACGCAAUGAUUUACCUUUUGUAGUUUAACUAUUUGUUAUAAACAACAUAAAAUAUUGCUUUUAAUUAUUUGAAUCAAAUUUUAAUUAAAAUCCAAAUUAAAAUCAAAAAGAACUAAAUUUAUUGUUAAGAAAAAAUAAAUGAAAAUCAGAAAUGUAUGUAUAUUUGUAAUUAAGUGCGCCGUCUCUUGGGACUGGUUUCACUUGCCCAAAGAAAAAACGAAGAACUAGACAAAAAGAACAAAUGAAACUUUAGGUAAGGUAGAUUACAGAAAACAUUGUAGUAUCACAGGUUGACAAACCUUAGAACAAAAAAUUAUGCGUACUUGCUGAUUCGUCGUUUUUCUUAAACUCUUGUAUUUUUGUUUGAGAGCGUAAACCAAAAAAUUAGUACAAAUGAUUUGCAUUUGUUUUGAUUGCCAAACUCCCUAUAAAAAUUGAAAAUAAAGUUCAUUUAAUAAAUACAGUUGCCACUGCGUUUUGUGCAAAUCAAUGCAUUUUUUAAGGCUUUUAAAACGAUUAACUUAAUUUACUGUACACGUCUGCGCAUACUACAUACACAUAUUUUCUAUUGCUUUUUUAUCGGUCACUUUGCAUGAAAUGGAAAUCUACUGGCCAUUGAUCCAAUAAAACUGAUAAUUGCACGCAUGAUUGAACCGACAGUUGUAGAAA